UUGACACGCAAUCAGAAAACGGCGAGCCGAGUUUCAAGAGUUUGGUGUAGAAUAGGAAGGUAGCUCGUGUUCUCUUAUUAGUUUUCUCCUGCCGUUGUUUUACUUUUUUGCCAGAAAAAUAGAUUUUAUGAACGUGAAUUGGGUAGCCGACUAGUAACGUUUUUGCUCUGUUUAUUACUCGAGAUCGAGAAAGUUGACACCUGCUUACCUGAACUCUAUAUUCCCGAAAAUUGAGUCGUUGCAAUGUCCGAAGUGGUAGAAGAACUGGUCCAACAAGUGCAGGAGAAUUUUACUGAAACCGCCAACGCAGCAGCAACUAAUGGCACGGCGAAGAUUCCUUCCACGCCGGAAGGAAUGGCUCUGGCAUACGCAACGCUAGUUGCAAUGGCAAUGCUACCCAUUUUCUUCGGCUCGAUGCGCUCCGUCAAACACCAUAAGGAGCAGACGAGCACCUUCCAAAAAACGGGUGAAAAACCGGACACAAUGACCUCCAAGGAUGCGAUGAUGUUUCCUAUUAUGGCUUCCUGUGCCCUGUUUGGGCUGUAUAUGUUCUUCAAGAUUUUUUCUAAGGACAACAUCAAUUUUCUACUAACUGGCUAUUUCUUCUUCCUGGGUGUGAUGGCGUUAUCGCAUCUGUUGAGUCCGGUUAUAAGUUCUUUGAUACCGGCUGCGAUACCGAAGAUUCCAUAUCACUUAUCGUUUAUUCAAGGACCUACAGAAGGCGUCAAAGGAGACAAGGAGUCAUAUUUGAUUGACUACAAGUUUACUACUCAUGAUAUUGUUUGCUUCAUUAUCUCGUUGGUCAUCGGAGUUUGGUAUCUGAUGAAGAAACAUUGGAUUGCCAACAAUUUGCUUGGGCUGGCCUUUGCUGUGAAUGGAGUUGAAUUAUUACACUUAAACAAUAUCGCUACUGGUUGCAUUCUGCUUGGGGGCCUUUUCUUCUAUGACAUUUUUUGGGUAUUCGGUACAAACGUGAUGGUUACGGUAGCAAAAUCCUUCGAAGCGCCGAUAAAGCUAGUCUUUCCUCAGGAUUUAAUCACCAACGGAUUGAGCGCGUCGAACUUUGCUGUUCUAGGAUUGGGUGACAUCGUCAUUCCGGGGAUUUUUAUCGCACUGCUAUUGCGCUUCGAUAACAGCCUGAAGAGAAAGAGUAAUUUCUACUUCUACGCAACGUUUAUUGCCUACUUCUUCGGUUUACUCGCAACAAUCUUUGUAAUGCACGUGUUCAAACACGCUCAACCGGCGUUGUUGUACUUGGUGCCUGCCUGUUUAGGAACACCACUGCUGCUUGCUUUACUGAAAGGUGAUAUCAAGAAACUUUUCGCUUACGAAGAUCAUCCUGAUGAAAAGCCCAAAGAGAGUAAAAAAUCCGACAAAAAUGCCGUUGAUAAUGACUCGGCUAAAUCAAAGAAGGAAAACAAGAAAAAGGAAUCGAAAAAAGUAAAAUAAACAUUUUUGAAUGCUAGAGACUAGAAAGAGAGUGGUCGUUGGUCGAGUCGAGAGUUUGUGAGCGAACUAUCUACUUAAAGUAUCAUCGUUUGUGUAGGAAAACAGGACGAUUAGUUUAAUGCGCUUGUUCAUCAAUAAUCUUUUGAAGAUACCCGGGCAUUGAGUUGAAAAUAAAACGUCUGCUCUUCAUCGCUUUCAGUAUUCGUGUCAACAGCGGAAGCUAACAAAAAUCUACUCUCUUGUACAGAGCUCAAAAAAUCAAUCUGCUUAUCGUAUAUUAAACAAAAAAUGUUGUUAAAACUUAGUUUGCGUACCUAAACAUACAAUGUACUGCCAAGCAAUUAUGUUAGGCCGCUUUCCUGUAGUAGAUGAAACAAAUAGUUCGAGCGCAAUUAUUGUGUAAUAUAAUAAUAUGGCUGAUAAAUUUUAAAAGAUCUUUUAUUGUGAUUCCAAAAUGAAGAGUAGAAGCUUAGGGGACGUUAAGAGCUGUCGGAUUCAAAUAACAUAACGUUACAGGCAAAUCGUUUGAUCUAUAAUGUUUUUGCUUACAUUUUGCUAGAUUUGCGACUGAAAAAGCAUAUUAUAAUGCGAAUUAAUACAAAUUGCUAACCAGGCUCAAAAUGAUCAUUAGUUUAUGAGACAAAAAAUAAUCAUCAGGAAUAUUUUUCAUACCUGGUGAGUUAUAUAUUAUGGAAUGAAAUAGACGUAAUCACACGCAUAGUUUUGAACUACAUUUUAAAGCCAAUAGUUUUAAAUUAACAUGAAUUGAGUUUUGUUGAAAUAAAGGGAUAUAAUUAAAAAAUAAAAUUAAUGGAACACUUGCAG